GAGCAUCCUCCCGCAGGCAGGGAGGGCGCGGCGGCCACCGCGCUGCGGCGCCGGGGGCUGCAGACAGCUGCUGGCCCGGGCAGGCCCACCCGUCCCCAGCGCGCUCACCCGUCCGUGCGCUCAUCCCGGAGCCGGCGGUGCGGGCAGUCAGUCCGUCAGCCCCGGUGGAGCGGGGCCGGCAGAGCAGGGGCGGCGCCGUGGCCGCGGCGAGCGCGGUGAUCAACAGGCAGCUCCCGGCCGGGCGCGGCGCCGGAGCGCGCCGCUGCAGCGGAGCAGGCUGGGAAGCGUAGUUCCCGGCAGCGCCUGGCCGCGGCCCCGGAGUUUCCCCCCACCCCUCGCCCAGCGCCGCCCUCCCCCGGCAGGUGUCCCCUCCUGGAAACGGGGUCCGAACCCCCUCACCACUCUGCAGGGGAGGACGCGCCUGGGCCGGCGGAAAGGCUGGACGGGCUCUUGGGAGACGCUCGGGGCCCCGGAGCGCGUGGGCGGCAAAGGCUUGCAAGCUUCUGAGGAGCGUUCGGGUGAGCGAGCAUCCCGACGUGGAAGCCGCCGGGAGAGCGGGCUCAGGUACGUGUGCCGCGGGCGCCCGGGGCAGGCAGGACGCGGAGGAGGAGGCGCCCGCCAUGCCCGGCCUGCCGCUCGCCACCUCGGCUUCCCGCCCGCCGCCCCCGCGGAACGGCCUGCCGCGGCCCCUGUGAGGAGGAAGAGGCGGCGGCGGCGGAGGAGGAGGAGGCGCCGCCCCCUUGGCGAGCUCCCCGACCCGGCGGCCUCGGCAGGACCCAUGGCGGAUUCCUCGCCCGCACAGUCCCUGCGGGAAAGCGGCCCCUGCGCGCCGCGGCCCUCGGCCCCCUCCCCGCCGCCGCGCCCGCGCUCCGGCUCCGAGUCCGAGGAGGCCGAGCUGUCGCUGAGCCUGGCCCGCACCAAGACCCGCUCGUACGGCAGCACGGCCAGCGUGCGGGCGCCGCUGGGCGCCGGCGUCAUCGAGCGCCAUGUGGAGCACCGGGUCCGCGCGGGCGACACGCUGCAGGGCAUCGCGCUCAAGUACGGUGUCACGAUGGAACAGAUUAAAAGGGCCAAUAAACUGUUUACCAAUGACUGUAUAUUUCUGAAGAAGACUUUGAACAUCCCAGUUAUAUCGGAGAAGCCUUUGUUGUUUAAUGGACUUAACUCCAUUGAUUCUCCAGAAAAUGAAACUGUUGAUAGCAGUUUUUCUCAGGAAGAGGAGCCAGUGGUGGCUGGGGAAGACCUCCUGCCUCCCAGUCCUCAAGAAUCUGAUGUUCAGCCUAUGCAGCCUGAGGAAGUAUCAGCCAGAGAUUUCCUGCAGAGACUUGACUUGCAGAUCAAAUUAUCCACACAGGCAGCCAAGAAGCUAAAAGAAGAGAGUAGAGAUGAAGAAAGUCCCUAUGCAACUUCCCUCUAUCACAGUUAGGUGAUUUGGGGACAUAAUUGAAACCAAAAUUAAGAUAUGUUUGGACCGUAAAGAAUCCAACAAACGAAGAUUCAAAAACAUCCCUUCUGGAUUCUCCAUAGUGUUCAUCUUAAAAUCAUAACUAGGUAGUUCUACCUGCUGCAAUUGCACUGAAGUGAUUAGUUCCCUCUGGCUUUCUAUAAUUUUAAGUCUUUGUUACGGCAUGAUGGCAAGGUUGUAUCCUAAAGCUCAUCACUUUUGUAGGUAGCGUUAGUUUUUAGACUAGCUUUUAUAAAUACUAAUUGACAUAAAGCAUCAGAGACCUAUUUAUAUAUUUAGGCUAAAAAUAAUGUCUGUCUCCUUAUGCAAUCCUGAUUAUGUGAAAAUAUGGUUGCUGUUUAAGUGAUGCUGAAUUAGCUGUGUGUUUAUAACUUAAGUGCUAUAUAUACACACAUAUAUAUAUAUUUCGAUAUAUCUUACAUAUUCUGUAUUAAUAUAAAGAACCAAAUUUUGUCUGCUAUUUUGUAAAAAUAAACCACAAAAGUCUGAAUGAGAAAAUAAACUAUGUUUUCAAACUUGA